AUAAAACAAGAUGCAUAAUUAAAUUAUUUAAUUAAAUAAAAUUAUUGCAUUUAUAAGUAAAUUUACUUAAAAAAUAAAACAGUGAAAAUCUGUUGAAUAUUAGUUAAAUAAAAUAAAAUAAAUAAAAAUGGUAACUGUGAGGUUAUUCUUUAUUUUAUUAGAAUAAAUAUUUAUCGACGUAUUUAAUUUUAAAAAAAAUAAAAAUAAAAUAAAUUAAUUACCUAAAAUGGAAAUAAACUAUGGGAAGUAAGAAUAUAAAAGAGACGAUUAAACUUCUGGAUCGUCCCUCUGAUUCUGACAGUUCCUCUGACAACUUGAUUAUCAAACCUGUCAAAAGAAAUGUCAAAAGGAGACAAAGAGUGAGAACAAAAAAUAAUAAAAAUCAGUGUUCGUGUAAUAGAAGUAAAUCGAGGGUAAUUGCGCUAUGGUUAGCAGCGGUUUUAAUAACUUUUUGGUUGAUUGCAUUGUCAUGGGUAGCAGCUAUUCUUUAUGGAGAAAUUGGACGGAUGGAUUUAUCAAUACGUUCUGUUGCUGUUACGGUACCAUUGCGCCCACCGACUAAAAAAAUGAAAAAACGUAAGGAACUUGACGCACUAGCACCGUCACAUGUUAUAUCACGACGAGUAUCAGGAAAACGCAGCUCUCAGGAAUUGCUGACAGAUAGCAGCGAUGACAGAUCAGAAUAUUGGAACGUUUCUGUUCGAGGGAAUCGCAAGACAGCUGCUAGAAGAAAUCGGUCUUGUCCGGGUCUUUUAAAGGCCUGCAGCGCGUUUUUCGGAUGCGCUUCUUUGCUGGCGACGGCCAGUCUCAUUUGGCUGUUUAUCGAUGUCCGUCAGCAACUCACGUCACUCAGAACGGAAGUCGACCAAGCUAUUGCCGGUAGUGAAGGCGUACCAGAUGCAUUGCAAAAAUGCCACUCGUUGUCGAAAGAUUUGCAGAAUAAUCAAACUUUGUUAUUUACACAAUUAACUGAUGUUAAAGCUCAAAUUAAUAAUUUUACUAUUCAGCUGACAAACAUACAAAAAGGUCUCCAUCAAGUACAAGAGCUUCUUCACGAUGCACCAGAAUUAACAAACAUACCGACUCAAGUAAAGUCCAUAAGUUCAAGUGUCGCAACCUUUGGAAGUAAAAUUCGGGAUUUAAGAGUCACUGUUGAUGCUUUAAAAGAGACUGAAACUAAAUUACAAGAUGCACAACACGAUCUUCAACAGAAUAUCACAAAUAUAAAGACGGCUCUAGAUGAAUUAACGAAAGUAACUCAGAAAUUAACAAUGCCAACAAACGAGUCUAAAGUUAAAACUGAAGAAUUGAGUAACACGAUAUCUGAGUUAAGAAAUAAUUUGUCGUCGAUUAAUGACACGCUCACACAUGGAUAUCAAUCGCUUUCCGACGAUCAGCAGAAAGAUCAUAAAUUGUUAGUUUCAUUGCAAGACACCACACUAAAUGCAAGUAUGCAAGUAAAGUCUUUAGAAGCAGAGUGUGCUAAGGCUAAUGAACAAACAACUAUCGUUAGUUCUGUUAAAAAAUUAACUGAUGAGGUGAACAACGUCCGAAGUGUAGAUGCAAGUUUGAUGAGUCGCAUUGAACAGUUAGAAGAGUCGUACAAAAAUCUAAAAAAUUCAACGAACCAAAUGCUGACAUUGAAUUCCAGCACCGAUAUUAAGCAACCGAAUGUCAAUGCUACCGAUAGUAAUAAUAAUAAUAAUAAUGGGCAAACGAUAGCUGAUGGACUACUACCGCAUUAAUGUAAUUGCAAUAACAAAUAAGUAUCAAAAGUGAUAAUUGUUUAACGAGCGUAAAUAAAAAAUUAUUGAUAAGAGUUAGAGAUAUAUGAUUAUAAUUAUAAUUAUGAUAAUUGAUAAUUAUAAAAAGAGCUG